AUGGCGACAUGCCUUCGGACGGCCAUUCCAGUGAUGGCCGGCAAGCUGCAGAAACAGAGGAGAGUGAGUCGUCAUCGGCAGUUGCCCAAGGGCCUGGCGCCGAGGAUGGCGCUGCGGAGACUGCUUCCGUGGAGGAGCUGCUGGCCCACAUCGACAACACUAACCUUGAGGAGGAGCAGCUUCGAGAACUGCAGUCCCCAGAUGAGGCAUGUGUGCUGCAAGACUCGGUGGAUAGCGAGCAAGACGAGGCCUCCGAUGUCCCUGUGCCUUCGGAUGGCCAUUCUAGCGAUGAUGGUCGCGAAGCUGCAGCCGCAGAGGCUGUGUGUUGCUCCAGCGGGUGCGGUAGUCGAGAGUCCCAAGCAAGAGUUCUCUAUGGGAAGCAAGCCUGAAACGGAGUGCGAGCCGUCAGCGCAGGUUGCUACAACUGCCGUUGCCGAGGAGGGCGCAGAGAUUGCCUCCAUGGAGGAGUUUCUGGCCCAGAUCGACAGCACCAACCUUGAGCAGGAGCAGCUUCGAGAACUGCAGUCCCCAGAUGAGGCACGUGCGCGGCAAGACACGGUGGACAGUGAGGAAGACGAGGCCUCCGAUGUCCACGUGCCUUCGAAUGGCCGUUCCAGCGAUGCUGGUCGCGAAGCUGCAGCCGGAGAGGAGUGCGAGCCGUCAGCGCAGGUUGCUACAACUGCCGUUGCCGAGGAGUUUCUGGCCCAGAUCGACAGCACCAACCUUGAGCAGGAGCAGCUUCGAGAACUGCAGUCCCCAGAUGAGGCACGUGCGCGGCAAGACACGGUGGACAGUGAGGAAGACGAGGCUUCCGACAUCCGUGCGCCUUCACCUGGCCGUUCCAGCGAUGAUGAGGAGUGCGAGCCGUCACCGCCCGCUGCUACAGCUGCGCUUGCCGAGGAGCAGCUUCGGGAACCGCCGUCCCCAGAUGAGGCGCUGGUGCCACAGGAGACGGUGGACAGUGAGGAAGACGAGGCCUCCGAUGUCCCUCUUCGGUCGGAUGGCCAUUCCAGCGAUGAUGGUCGCGAAGCUGCAGCCGCAGAGGAGUGCGAGCCGUCAGCGCUGGCUGAUACAGCUGCCGUUGCUGAGGAGGGCGCGAAGAUUGCUUCCAUGAAGGAGAUGCUGGCCGAGAUCGACAACACCAGCCUUGAGCAGGAGCAGCUUCGAGAACUCCCGCCCCCAGAUGAGGCACAUGUGCCACAAAAGGCGGCGGACAGUGAGGAAGACCAGGCCUCCGAUGUCUCUGUGCCGUCGGAUGGCCGUUCCAGCGAUGAUGGUCACGAAGCUGCAGCAACAGAGGAGUGCGAACCGUCAGCGCCGGCUGCUACAGCUGCCCUUGCUGAGGAGGGCACGAAGAUUGCUUCCAUGAAGGAGAUGCUGGCCGAGAUCGACAACACCAGCCUUGAGCAGGAGCAGCUUCGAGAACUCCCGCCCCCAGAUGAGGCACGUGUGCCACAAAAGACGGCGGACAGUGAGGAAGACCAGGCCUCCGAUGUCUCUGUGCCGGCGGAUGGCCGUUCCAGCGAUGAUGGUCACGAAGCUGCAGCAACAGAGGAGUGCGAACCGUCAGCGCUGGCUGCUACAGCUGCCGUUGCUGAGGCGGGCGCGAAGAUUGCUUCCAUGAAGGAGAUGCUGGCCGAGAUCGACAACACCAGCCUUGAGCAGGAGCAGCUUCGAGAACUCCCGCCCCCAGAUGAGGCACGUGUGCCACAAAAGACGGCGGACAGUGAGGAAGACCAGGCCUUUGAUGUCCCUGUGCCGUCGGAUGGCCGUUCCAGCGAUGAUGGUCACGAAGCUGCAGCCGCAGAGGAGUGCGAACCGUCAGCGCUGGCUGCUACAGCUGCCCUUGCUGAGGAGGGCGCGAAGAUUGCUUCCAUGGAGGAGAUGCUGGCCGAGAUCGACAACACCAGCUUUGAGCAGGAGCAGCUUCGAGAACUCCCGCCCCCAGAUGAGGCACGUGUGCCACAAAAGGCGGCGGACAGUGAGGAAGACCAGGCCUCUGAUGUCCCUGUGCCGUCGGAUGCCCUUUCCAGCGAUGAUGGUCAAGAAGCUGCAGCAACAGAGGAGUGCGAGCCGUCAGCGCCGGCUGCUACAGCUGCCCUUGCUGAGGAGGGCGCGAAGAUUGCUUCCAUGGAGGAGAUGCUGGCCGAGAUCGACAACACCAGCUUUGAGCAGGAGCAGCUUCGAGAACUCCCGCCCCCAGAUGAGGCACGUGUGCCACAAAAGACGGCGGACAGUGAGGAAGACCAGGCCUCCGAUGUCUCUGUGCCGUCGGAUGGCCGUUCCAGCGAUGAUGGUCACGAAGCUGCAGCAACAGAGGAGUGCGAACCGUCAGCGCCGGCUGCUACAGCUGCCGUUGCUGAGGAGGGCGCGAAGAUUGCUUCCAUGGAGGAGAUGCUGGCCGAGAUCGACAAUGACACCAGCUUUGAGCAGGAGCAGCUUCGAGAACUCCCGCCCCCAGAUGAGGCACGCGUGCCACAAAAGACGGUGGACAGUGAGGAAGACCAGGCAUCCUCCGAUGUCCCUGUGCCGUCAGAUGGCUGUUCCGGCGAUGAUGGUCGCGAAGCUGCAGCCGCAGAGGAGUGCGAGCCGUCAGCGCCCGCUGCUACAGCUACGGUUGCCGAGGAGGGCGCGGAGAUUGCUUCCAUGGAGGAGUUGCUGGCACAGAUCGACAACACCAACCUCGAUUCGGAGCAGCUUCGAGAACUCCCGUCCCCAGACGAGGCACGUGUGCCACAAGAGACGGUGGACAGUGAGCAAGACGAGGCGUCCGAUGUCCCUGUGCCUUCGGAUGGUCGCGAAGCUGCAGCUGCAGAGGAGUGCGAGCCGUCAGCGCCCGCUGCUACAGCUGCGGUUGCCGAGGAGGGCGCAGAGAUUGCUUCCAUGGAGGAGUUGCUGGCACAGAUCGACAACACCAACCUUGAGUCGGAGCAGCUUCGAGAACUCCCGUCCCCAGACGAGGCACGUGUGCCACAAGAGACGGUGGACAGUGAGCAAGACGAGGCGUCCGAUGUCCCUGUGCCUUCGGAUGGUCGCGAAGCUGCAGCCGCAGAGGAGUGCGAGCCGUCAGCGCCCGCUGCUACAGCUGCGGUUGCGGAGGAGGGCGCAGAGAUUGCUUCCAUGGAGGAGUUGCUGGCACAGAUCGACAACACCAACCUUGAGUCGGAGCAGCUUCGAGAACUCCCGUCCCCAGACGAGGCACGUGUGCCACAAGAGACGGUGGACAGUGAGCAAGACGAGGCGUCCGAUGUCCCUGUGCCUUCGGAUGGUCGCGAAGCUGCAGCCGCAGAGGAGUGCGAGCCGUCAGCGCCCGCUGCUACAGCUGCGGUUGCGGAGGAGGGCGGGGAGAUUGCUUCCAUGGAGGAGUUGCUGGCACAGAUCGACAACACCAACCUUGAGUCGGAGCAGCUUCGAGAACUCCCGUCCCCAGACGAGGAACACGGGCCCUGUCAACCAGCUGCAGUUGCUGAGGAGCAGUCCUCCCAAUUGCCGUCACCGGAGAAGCUGGCUGAGGAGCAAGUCCUGCAGCUUCCAGCCGAUCGUCCUGCACCUGCUGAGGUCUCGGAUGACGUGCUUUCUGACACCAGUCCUAGCGACCUGAUUUUGCGGUCGGUGUUGAAGGAGGCCGAGACCCUGGAAAAGAGCCGGCCCCGAAACGAGGACGAAGAGGAGGUCGACAGCGACGGCGGUCAUCCUCCACUAUCACCCGCCAGAAACCUCGGGAUGGCCUUGGCAGCUGCCGUCGAUGAGAGCCCUCGUUUGGAGGUGCAAGACGACGUGCCGCCCGUCUCUGGCGCAGACGCAGUCGACAGCGAGCGUGCACGCAACCUCGAGGAGGAUGCAGAGUCCGAACCACCAAACGCGUCCUUCCUGGAGCAGCAGCCUUCCGCCUCUGAGGCGUUGACCACCGGAGUGAGCUCUCUGACGGGCUCCAUCGAAGGCGCGGAUGGCAGCAGGACGGUCCAACAAGCGGUGGUGGCUGCGAUGUUCGAGGCCAUCGACACCAACCACGACGGCAUGCUGUCCAAAGAGGAGUUCCAGAAUUUCCUGACCAGACCGGCUGAGGAGCCACUCCACGCUGAGCCGGAGGUGAAGCAGGUCAACAGCGACAAACUCGAGGGUGAGAAGCACAACGAGGACGUUCCUUCCAUGCAGGCUUUGCUUGCGCAGAUCGACAAUGAUUACCUCGAGGAACACGAGCUCUCACUUUCACCUCAGCCAGCAGCAGCUGCCAAGGAGCAGGAGAUCGCGGCCGCAGCACAGCCAGCUACGGCUCUCGAGGAUGACAAGGAGGUUCCCCCCGUUCAGCCCUUGGUUUCAACACCGAGGGAGGAACAGGAGCCGAAGGUUUCAGCCGAGCCAGCUGCCGUUCAGGAGGCCGGAGUCGACGAAGGCAAGUCGACCGGCGCCGUGGAGCCGGAGGAUCGCGACUUCGACGCCGAAUCCAGCACCAGAGCAAGUGACUCCGCGAUGCUCGAGGCCUUCCUGAAUGCACCACCAGAAGAGCUGCAUGGAUGCUGGAGAGGCGACAGCAUCUCCCCUAGCAGCAGGGCCCAGUCAGCAAGGCUUUGGCGGCAGAUCCGGGCGCAGCCGCUGCCACCGCGAGAUCCGGAGGAGAACUAUGAGAUGUCCUCCCAGGGCGAAUUCAUGGACAUGGAGGAGGAGGAAAGGGAGCUUCACCUGGAGCACUUGCGAGCGGCGAAGCGCAGCCCCAGGUGGUGCGAGAACUACAAGGAGGUGGUGAGAAGCCAGGCAGAUUGGAAUCCCGACGAUGUCUUCGGUGUCCGGGCACCUGAGGUCAACCUGGAUCAGAUCUUGCCGGAUAAGCUGUACCUCGCGCAGAAGCUGCACCGCUCGUACAAGAAGCGAAGGGGGUCUUCCGGAAAAUGGGAAAAGGAUCGCUGCAAGGAGGACGAUGUAACCCAAUACCGCAGCAAGAUGGGUCACAGCAAGGCAUGGCUGCUCGAUGUAGAGGCGCUCUCCGCUGCAGCCCGUGCCCGUCAGGAAGGUGCCAUGUUCCCAGAGAGCGGCUCCUCGAACGAAUACCUGGCGGCAGGCGGUAUGCAAGACAACGUCGUGCACCACGAGCCAGAGUCAGGUGACGAGGAACCUGAAGGUCUGCAGGAUGCCGAGCAGAACCCUUCGGAGCACGCCCCAGAGCCGGCUUCCGAGCCAACUGAAGGUGGAGUGCAGCAGUCGGAGAGCCGCCCGUCGAACCCAGAGCUGCCUGUGUGGGAAGGUGGCACAACUGAUCUGGAGCGUUGCCGCUCGAACCCAGCGCCGACGGGAUCUGAGUGCCUGACGGCAGCCGCGGUUGCAGCGGACAUUCCGCCAGGACCCUCGGCGAGCUCAGGGAGCACUUGGGGACCAUUUCGCAACAGGCGCAGUCCGCGGUCUGCCACUUCUGAAGAGUUUUACUCUCCAGAAAGGUCCACGACGAGCUCGUGUACUGUGGAGUGA